AUGGCGGGGUUAAAACCGGAAAGUACCGGUAUGAGUUUGGGAGGUGCUAAUACAAGUAAUUUUGAUAGUAAAACAAUAAAACUAUUAUCUCCAAGAUUUUUAUCACUGGUACCUGAUCAAGUUGGAAAUGAUACUGUUAACCUUUUAUCACCAUCACUUUUUAGUUUACAUGGUGAAGGAAAGAAUGAAGAACAAUUAUUUAGUUUAAAAAAACUUUUAGGUAUACUUACACCAAAUGAUCAAGAUGCAUGGCUUGAUUUUAUUGUUGAGGCUGCAGGUGUAUCUGAUUCUAUUGAAAAAAAAGAAAAACUUUUAAAAGAAAGAAGAAAAAACGAGAUGAUAGGUAUGCAUGGCGAAAAAUUAUACUUUACAAAAGAAAAUGUUACGAAACGUUAUGGUGAUGAAGAAAAAAGAAAAAUUGAAAUUUUUGAAAAAUUAUCAAAAACUUACAGUAAAGAUCAAAUUUCUAAACUUGAUAAUAGAGGAUUUGCUAUAUUAACAAAAUCACAAAUGGAAACUGUAUAUGGAAACGAUUCACCAUUUAAUUCUAGCGAAGCAUUACAAAAUUUAUCUGACAUUGAUGAAGAAAAUAUUAUGGAAAUUCUUAUCAAAUCAAUUAGAGAUAUAGCUGAUGGUAAAUUACAACCAAAUUAUGAUAUAAAAGAUGGUAAAAGAAGAAAGCGUGCUAUUGUUAGUUCACCAUUCCUUCUUACUCCAUUAACAUUUUCUGGGGCAGCUCUUUCGCAACCUGUUGUUCUUUCACCAUUAGUAUUAUCUCCAAUUACUCUUUCACCGGCUGUACUUGGACCAAUUGUUUUAUCACCAUGGGUAUUUGUUCCAUUGGUAUUAUCUCCUCGUGUACUUUCACCACUUAUUCUUUCACCAUUGGUUGGAUCUCCAAUUAUUCUUUCACCCUUAGUUCUCCAUCCACUUAUUUUAGUUCCUGGUGUCAUGAAUCCUUUUGUUCUUUCUCCAUUUGUACUCAGUCCUUUUAUUCUCUCUCCACAAGCAUUGACUCCUGUAAUUCUUUCACCAUUUGCCUUAUCACCCCUUAUUUUAACUCCUAUGGUACUUUCACCAUUAGUAUUAUCACCAUUUGUACUUUCGCCAAUUAUUCUAUCACCACAAGCAUUGUUUGCUGUUGUAUUAAGUCCUUAUGCUCUAUCGCCGCUGGUGGAAUCAAAACUUAUUGCAUCAGAAGUUGUCUUAUCACCAAGUUGGCUCAGUUAA